AAAAUAUAAAUCAGGCAAACUCGCAAAGAUGACACUCAGGUCAGGACGUGUCCUCAAAAUGACUAAAAUAAUGAUCCGCAGAACCAGUAGCAGCUGCAGUAUACAGGAACACCAUGAUUGUGGAUCUACACGUCAGGAACAGGUGCUGGGUCCUCGUAGCUCAAUAACUCAAAUAAUUCGCAGGUAGCCGCUGGCGUGUGUGAAAGGAUUACUCGAGCGCUGAUCCACGCAAGAUCCCCAAUACAAAGUAGAUCUACCAGGUGACUCAGUCUACUCCCGAAUCGGAGACCGAGCUCAGCAUUGGGCUGAUUUAGAGUGCGGGCUAGCGAGGAACAAGGAUGUGGGAAUCACUGGGUGGCGGCGAGCGCAGCUACAGGACUACACGGCGCCUGCAGCUGCCGAACAUUGGUGCGGGAAGCAUCACUGCGCAGGCCACACAACCGGACUCUGGCUUUGGAGACGACACGAACAGAGCCGCGUCCAGACGAAGUCCAAAGACCGAAGACGGAGGACGGUUUUCAGACCUGGGUCCCAGGAGAGCCGCUCUGCCAGCUCCUGCCGCUACCGUCAUAACCAGUGACCUGGGUGAUGCCGGCGAGAUUCCCGGCGCUCGGCUCAUGCACAUUGAGAGUCGGCUGACGGCCACCGAGCGCAGCAACCGCGCCAUGCUGGAGGAGCUGGUACGCUGGCAGAGCGAGCUGAAGGAGCAGACCCGGCACCAGGACGAGCUGCGUCGAGAAGAGCGGCGCGAGCUGCUCGAGGUGCGUGCCAACAUGGCGUCGAACAACGAUGACAUCGUGCGCCUGAAGCACAAGAUGCAGUCGGCGGAGGACCUGCUGACCAAGGUUCAGCUUGCCCAGCAGAAUGCCAGAGACCAGAUCAAGACCCUGCAGCAAGUGGUCAUCGACAAUAACCAGGCACACACGGCACGGCAGGAUCAGAUCUGCCUGCGUGUGGAGCGAUGGCAGUCGGAAAUUCAGCACACGCUGGACGACAUCAGGCGUGGAGAUGAAAAGUCGCAGCUCCGCGUGGCAAACCUCGUCGAGGAGGUGCGUCGAAUACGAUCUGCGCAGGAAAGUCAUGCUGUAGAAGUCCAGUCAGCGGUAACUGAGGUGCGCACAAAUCUGAAGCGCUGUGUGGCAGAGCAGCAAGGCCUGACUUCAACCGUCUCAGAAAACCACACCAAACUGAUGCGUCUGAGUGAUGAAUGUGGCAAGCUCACUCCCGUCAUGUAUGAAGGCUUGAAGCAGUUGGAGAAGAUGAUCAAUGACCUAAGGAGCACAGUGGCGGAUCUCGAGAGGGAUGAACGCUCGCACUCAACUACCGUUGCCUCUAAGACGAAAGAGCUGGAAGGCGAAUGCUCAAAGCUGUGGUCGAAAAUGCAGCAGCGAUUUGAAGAAGCGGACAAGGCAAUGGCGGACAUAUCGCGGCGUUUGGAUGCCGAGAAAACGACAACGUCGGAGCAGCUACGUGCAAUGGUAGAUGCACAACAAAAGGAAUUGGAGCAACUGGACAAGGACAUCAGAGAGAUCAUGGGAAGCCGACUUCAGAGCUUGGAAGAGGCGCUGGACAAGGAACGUGCAGGUCGUGUUCUCAUCACUGCCGAGUGCCAGGCAGACAUCAAUGCAAGAAGUGAGCUGCUGCAGAAUGAACUCCGCGAGCGGUUCGUCGAAGUUGACGGCUCGCUGAAGACGCAUCGGCGAGUUGUGGAUCAGACACUUCGGCAGUUGCACGAGAGCAUCCGCCUCAACGACGAGCACAUUGAGAAGGCGCAGCAAGGCAUGGAGAGAGUAAUCCAUGCAGAAAUUGAGACAAGGAAAACCGAGGACAGGCGUCAUGCCGAUACGAUUUCCCACAUGACUCAAAAAUUUGACACGGCUGCCAGCUCUGCCCAGCAGACAAUCAAUUCUUUGCAGGCGCAGAUUGUGGAGACUCGUGAGAAGUUGCACUUGCAAUGGAAGAGGGAGUUGUCCGAGCAUCAACAGCAGGUUGACCGAAGUACUACGGACGUAGAAGCUCGGGUGACGACAAUGGCGGCACGCAUGAGUGCGCUGGAGAGCGGGUCAAAGGCUCUAGCAGAUCAGGUAAUUCGUGACCAGGAGGGAACACUGCGAAAGCAGCAAUCACUUGUGGAGAACUGGCAGCAAUCGACUGGAAUGAAACUUCAGGAAUUGUCCACCAUUGCGGAAGCACUGCCAUCUGAGGUGAGAGAGCUGAAGGAGAAAAUUCUCACCGUGAACACAUCGCUUACAUCUCAACUCGAAACUGAACGGCAGAACAGGCUUCAUGAUCAGCACAGCGUCAAUCAAGACAUUGCCUCAAAGAUGCCAAGGGUGCAGUUUGAGCGGCUGCAGAGUGAUCUGACGACGCAAAUGAUGACGCAGGACAGCCGGCUCGCGAAUGCACUCAAUCAGCUCAGGGAAUGCGAGAACGCGCUCCAGCUGUCGCAGACAAGUAUCGGAGGCAAGAUCAACUCGGAGACGAAUGCACGUAUGGAAGGUACAGUAGACCUGAACCAAAGAUUGGCGAAGUUACGCGGUGAAGUGGACUUUCUCCUGCAACAGAACCAGCACCGUUUCGAUGAUGCUCUGCGGAAGCCGGUGCCCGUUUGGCCAAUUCCGGUACCCAUGGCAACUGCCCCAGCAGCUGCAACAGGUGCACCAGCAGCGCACUUUCAAGACGAAGCAAUGGACAACCAAGCGUCUACUCACGCCGCUUCUAGUGUUGACGAUCAGCUUCCGCCAAGGAUUGAGAUCACAGAUGCACAAGAAUCGACAACUAACCAGACAAAAGAAACUUCAGAUCCAGAGAUAGAGGAUCAGGCGGCAAGCCAGAACACUCCUAGUUCACCUGUCCCUGGAACACCGGCUGGACAAGAUCCUGGUCCGCUAGAGAAACCAGGCAGUGCUCUAGGUACGCCCUCGCCCGGGAGGCGAUCGCGCAUACCAACUCCGACCGGCGCCCUAUCGCGUUCCCCGAGCCCCCGAGGCAGAUCUCCGCAUAGCCCUGUUCCACCGGGUCAGACGCCGUCACAAAUCCCAAGACUGCAACGCACACCAACGCCGAUGCCACGGGCAGGCCCCACGCCGCCCGCGCAAACACCAAAUCCAGAUGAAGGCACUCAUGAUUCGGCAGUGCCCGGCAAUUUGCCUGUGCCGGGCGACACGAACAUGGCCGAUGCUCAAUCCGAGCAAGGAAAUGUGCGAUCCGACAGCGCUGACCAGGAUCCAGCAUUUGUAAACCUCUUCGGCCAGGACAUUGAGCCUCUCACACCUGGACCUGAGAGUGACUCGACCGAUGAACGUCAGCCGAGUCAAAAUGACGUUCCCAUUGAACACCGCAUGGUGUUUGUACGUCCCACUGGCGAGGAGGAUGCGGAGCUGGCUUACCUGACGAUCAACCAGUGGAGUGUGUACGCGGCACUGAAAUGGAUGGAGUGGAAGAAGAGGUUCAUGCGGCCAAUCGACCCACUCAGGACACCUACCCCGCAGAUCGGAUACCGCUGACCUGCGCAAGUGCAGGCUCGGCUAUCACGUGCUAUGUGACGUCACUACAAACAGGCAUGACCGCCGCCGCGGGUAUUGACGAGUGCCUUUUUUUCACAUGUACUGGCCUGGAAGAUUGUUUUACCGUUCAUGAAGAAGAGCCUGGAGGCACUGAAUCACCCCAUCGCUACACUGAAUGGCAUUUUUUCAGUGCUGGGAUGGUUUUCUAUCGUUGGCUGAAACAUCCGUAAUUUGCUUGCACACAAACCAUCGGCUGGUGAUUUAACUCCUACAGAGACAUGCCAGGAGUUGAUCUCCUGAACCUCCACCAUGUCGUUCACGUACCAACCGUUCUCCGAUGUACUGGUAGUGCAUGGGCAUACCGUGUGUCCUCAAGAUCAUGUGAUUCAAAGCUACUACUCUCCCUUCCUGCAGUCUUUCGUCAAUUUUCGUCAAGUCCUUUGCAUGUACAUGUAGUUCGAAGUAGUUUGCCUUGAGCUUUCUCCAAACAGUUCUAUUCCAGCUAUUCAUGCAACCUGUCAUUCGAAUCCCAUUUCAUCAACUGAACUUACUCCACCAGACAACAACGUGUUGUUACUCGUGCACCGCUGUCUAGUUUCCUGCGCAUCAUACGCUUGAGAUGUGUGUGAGCAGUGUUGAAAACACG